GGAAGAGAAAGAAAGAGUGAAGAAAAGUUGCAAACGUUUCCUCUCUUCCUAAGCUUCCCGCCCCCACCCACCCCUCAGAGAAGGAGAAGAUAAUAUAGUGAAAAGAAGAGGCGAAGAGAACGACCGGACGGGACGCGAGCGGGAGCGCAGCCGCCCUCCCCGCUCCGCGGCGGCGCCUCGCAAGUCCGGGAGGCGAGGGGGCCCGAGGGGAGACGUCGUGACAACUUUCGUUUCCCCCAGAGGGAGUCGGGAGGUCGGUGGCCCCAAAAGCUUUCAGUCCAGCAUGAAGCUGUUGGAGCGAGGGAGCAAAGGUAAAGAAUGAUGUAAUGCAGUGGCUGCCCCAAAGCAUCUUUUGUUGUGGAAUGGUUAUUCCAGUCAUCUCUUUAUGAAUCAAAUGUGAGGGGCUGCUUUGUGGAAGGAGUCCUUUGCAAGAGCACAUCAACAGGAAAGAGAAAGAGACAUUCACUUGGAGGGCUGUUGCUGAAAAUGGGUUUAACUCUCCUUUUGCCAGUCACUACCAGCCUGACCUCAUACAUUUUUAGUACAAUGGAGUGGCUGAGCCUUUGAGCACACCACCGUUACAUCAUCGUGGCAAAUUAAAGAAGGAGGUGGGAAAAGAGGACUUAUUGUUGUCAUGGCCCAUGAGAUGACUGGAACUCAAAUUGUUACUGAGAGGUUGGUGGCUCUGCUGGAAAGUGGAACGGAAAAAGUGCUGCUAAUUGAUAGCCGGCCUUUUGUGGAAUACAAUACAUCCCACAUUUUGGAAGCCAUUAAUAUCAACUGCUCCAAGCUUAUGAAGCGAAGGUUGCAGCAGGACAAAGUGUUAAUUACAGAACUCAUCCAGCAUUCAGCAAAACAUAAGAUCGAUAUUGAUUGCAGCCAGAAGGUUGUAGUUUACGAUCAAAGCUCCCAAGAUGUUGCCUCUCUAUCUUCAGAUUGUUUUCUCACUGUACUUCUGGGUAAACUGGAGAAGAGCUUCAACUCUGUUCACCUGCUUGCAGGUGGGUUUGCUGAGUUCUCCCGUUGCUUCCCUGGCCUGUGUGAAGGAAAAUCUACUCUAGUCCCUACCUGUAUUUCUCAGCCCUGCCUACCUGUCGCCAACAUUGGGCCAACCCGAAUUCUUCCCAAUCUUUAUCUUGGCUGCCAACGAGAUGUCCUGAACAAGGAGCUGAUGCAACAGAAUGGGAUUGGUUAUGUGUUAAAUGCCAGCAAUACCUGUCCAAAGCCUGACUUUAUCCCCGAGUCUCAUUUCCUGCGAGUACCUGUGAAUGAUAGCUUUUGUGAGAAAAUUUUACCAUGGUUGGACAAAUCAGUAGAUUUUAUUGAGAAAGCAAAAGCCUCCAAUGGAUGUGUGCUAGUGCACUGUUUGGCUGGGAUCUCUCGCUCCGCCACCAUCGCCAUUGCCUACAUCAUGAAGAGGAUGGAUAUGUCCUUAGAUGAAGCUUACAGAUUUGUGAAAGAAAAAAGACCUACUAUAUCUCCAAACUUCAAUUUUCUGGGCCAACUCCUGGACUAUGAGAAGAUGAUUAAGAACCAGACUGGAGCCUCAGGGCCAAAGAGCAAACUCAAGCUGUUGCACCUGGAGAAGCCAAAUGAACCUGUCCCUGCAGUCUCAGAGGGUGGACAGAAAAGUGAGAUGUCCUUCAGUCCACCCUGUGCCCACUCUGCUACCUCAGACGCAGCAGGGCAAAGGCCUAUGCACCCUGCCAGUCUGCCCAGCAUGCAGCCAGCACUGUUGGAGGACAGUCCCCUGGUACAGGCGCUCAACGGGCUCCACCUGUCCUCAGACAAGCUGGAAGACAGCAAUAAGCUCAAGCGUUCCUUCUCUCUGGAUAUCAAGUCUGUUUCAUACUCAGCCAGUGUGACAGCAUCCUUGCAUGGUUUCUCCUCAUCAGAGGAUGCUUUAGAAUACUACAAACCCUCCAGUGGUCUGGAUGGGACCAACAAACUAUGCCAGUUCUCUCCAGUUCAGGAAGUGUCAGAGCAGACUCCAGAAACCAGCCCAGAUAAGGAGGAAGCCAAUAUCCCCAAGAAGCCCCAGACUACCAGGCCUUCAGAAAGCCAGAGCAAGCGAUUGCACUCAGUAAGAACCAGCAACAGUGGUGCCACCCAGAGGUCUGUCUUAUCCCCAUUACAUCGGAGUGGGAGUGUGGAAGACAACUAUCACACCAACUUUCUUUUUGGCCUUUCCACUAGCCAGCAACACCUUGCAAAGUCUGCUGCUGGGCUGGGCCUCAAGGGCUGGCACUCAGAUAUCUUGGCUCCCCAGACCUCUACUCCUUCCUUGACCAAUAGCUGGUAUUUUGCCACAGAGUCCUCUCACUUCUACUCUGCCUCAGCCAUCUAUGGAGGCAAUGCCAGUUACUCUGCCUACAGCUGUAGCCAGCUGCCCACUUGCAGUGACCAGGUCUAUUCUGUGCGCAGACGGCAGAAGCCAAGUGACAGAGCUGACUCACGGCGGAGCUGGCAUGAAGAGAGCCCCUUUGAAAAGCAGUUUAAACGCAGAAGCUGCCAGAUGGAAUUUGGAGAGGGCAUCAUGUCGGAGAACAGGUCGCGGGAAGAACUAGGGAAAGUGGGCAGUCAGUCUAGCUUUUCAGGCAGCAUGGAAAUCAUUGAGGUUUCCUGAGAAGACAGACAUUUAUGACUUCUGUGGACUUUUCUUUUUUCCUUGUUCACAAAAACUAUUCCCUGUAAAUCUGAAAUAUAUAUAUGUAUAUACAUACAUAUUUUUGGAAAAUGGAGCUGUAGUGUAAAAGCAAAAGAUGGAUCAACACAGUUGUUCUCGCUUAACAUCUGCAUUUGGGAGAUAGCUAGAACAUUUCUCUCAACAGAAGUGGAAGGGCAGAUGCUAGAUUUUCCCCUAGACAGAUGGAGAGCCAUUUUAUGCAAUAAAUUGCAUAUCCCCUUGUUCUUAUAAAAGCAAGUUUUAUUUGGCAUUAGAGGACAAAAUCCCCUGCCAUUUCUGUGUUGUGCUACAAAGAUAUCUCAAAUACUAGUUUCUGUCCAGUCCCUUCCAUAGUGCACCUUAGCGCUGACACUGAGCCAGCUUGUGGGUCGGGUGGGUAGACCCCAUUAGGGACAGAAACCUAAUGGUACAUCCAAAAGAAAUGAUUGCAUUGGAAGCUGAUCCACAAAUCCAGGCUCACCUGCAGGUGAGUGACACAUGCAUCAUUCCAUGGACAGACCAUUAGGGGACUUGCCAAGAUCUGCUUUAGAGCAAACCUAGUACCUCAGACAGAAAAGAUGGGGCUUUCACCACUACCCAUGUCUGGGAGCCCAUUUUUGAAGCAUUGUGAAUAAGUAGGUAGCUAGUCACACUUUUCAGACCAAUUCAAACUAUAUGUGCACGAACUUCCACUUGGGCCUGAAUGGAGGUAGCUAAAAUUUUUCUUCUUCUCAGCUUUACGAAGACAGAGAAGGAGCUAGGAUUCAAUUUUAAUAGCCAGGAAUCUGGCAACAUAAUGAUUAAAGCUGAAGUUGGGAGGCUAAAUAAGUGUACCUCCCUCUUUAAAAAUCAAAGAAUUGUGUAAAAUGGGAUUGUCGAUCCUUGAUAUAAAGAUUAACUUGGUUU